UCGAUUUCACUUAUCUGAGAAACAGAACCAAGAGUAAGGAUGUGUCCGGCUACAUCCUUCGGAAUGUUAAGAGCCAAGACAAAUAAAAGCUACAGGGCAGGCUUGAGACAGCCUCCUCCUCCUCCCCUCUGUCCCAAUAAAGCCAAAGGCCCUCCUCCUAAGUCUUAUCUCAGUGGAGCGACUCUUACUGCUCCCUCCUCCAACCAUGAACCUCCCUUUGCCCCAUCCAACGCGAGCACUUAGCACCAGCUACUCCUGGGGCGCAAGCGCGGCAGCCAUCUGUGCACUUAGGUGGGCGGUCCGUCGCAUUGAGGGCGGGGCUUUGGCUGCUGAGCAGUUCCGCUCAGGGUCGCCUAAAAAGUGGCAAAAUCCCGUUUGUAAGUAACUGGACGCACCACGUGGACUUCUGAGUAGAGGAAAAACGCACUGAGACUCAGGUGUCCGAGCGGAACGCGCGGCAGCCCAACUGGAAACUCCUUUCGCCAUUCAUUGCCCCUCGGCUUCCGCUCUGCUUCUUUCAGCGUCCACCCAGUUCUUCCUCCCGCCAAUGAGAACUGAGGAAGUUGAAGCCCCCGCCCGACGUGCGUCAGACGCUUUUGUGGUACGCACGAGAACGCCUGCGCAAACGCGCGCGGAAGGCGGGCGUGGCCAACUUCUGAACAGCGAGCUACUCGCUCGCGCCUACUUUGGCGCGGGCUGGGAGGUGUGCCAGACGGUUAAGAUGUUGCGCGUGGUGAGCUGGAACAUCAAUGGGAUUCGGAGACCCGUGCAAGGGGUGGCAAAUCAGGAACCCAGCAACUGUGCCGCCGUGGCUGUGAGGCGCAUUUUGGGCGAGCUGGAUGCCGAUAUCGUCUGUCUCCAGGAAACCAAAGUGACCAGGGAUGCACUGACAGAGCCCCUGGCUAUCGUUGAGGGUUAUAACUCCUAUUUCAGCUUCAGCCGCAACCGUAGCGGCUAUUCUGGUGUAGCCACCUUCUGUAAGGACAAUGCUACCCCAGUGGCUGCUGAAGAAGGCCUGAGUGGCCUGUUUGCCACCCAGAAUGGGAAUGUUGGUUGCUAUGGAAACAUGGAUGAGUUUACCCAAGAGGAACUCCGGGCUCUGGAUAGUGAGGGCCGGGCCCUCCUCACACAGCAUAAGAUCCGCACAUGGGAAGGGAAGGAGAGGAUCUUGACCCUAAUCAACGUGUACUGCCCCCAUGCGGACCCUGGGAGGCCUGAGCGGCUAGUCUUUAAGAUGCGCUUCUAUCGUUUGCUGCAAAUCCGAGCAGAAGCCCUCCUGGCGGCAGGCAGCCAUGUGAUCAUUCUGGGUGACCUGAAUACAGCCCAUCGCCCCAUUGACCACUGGGACGCAGUCAACCUGGAACGCUUUGAAGAGGACCCAGGGCGCAAGUGGAUGGACAGCUUGCUCAGUAACUUGGGGUGCCAGUCUGCCUCUCAUGUAGGGCUCUUCAUUGAUAGCUACCGCUGCUUCCAACCAAAGCAGGAGGGGGCCUUCACCUGCUGGUCAGCAGUGACUGGCGCCCGCCAUCUCAACUAUGGCUCCCGACUUGACUAUGUGCUAGGGGACAGGACCCUGGUCAUAGACACCUUUCAGGCCUCUUUCCUGCUGCCUGAGGUGAUGGGCUCUGACCACUGCCCUGUGGGUGCAGUCUUGAGCGUGUCCUCUGUACCUGCAAAACAGUGCCCACCUCUGUGCACCCGCUUCCUCCCUGAGUUUGCAGGCACCCAGCUCAAGAUCCUUCGCUUCCUAGUUCCUCUCGAACAAAGUCCUGUGUUGGAGCAGUCGGUGCUGCAGCACAACAAUCAAACCCGGGUACAGACGUGCCAAAACAAAGCCCAAGUGCACUCAACCAGGCCUCGGCCUAGUCAGGCUGGCUCUGGCAGAGGCCAGAAAAACCUGAAGAGCUACUUUCAGCCCUCCCCUAACUGUCCCCAAGCCUCUCCUGACAUAGAACUGCCUAGCCCACCACUGAUGAGCACCCUCAUGACCCCGAAGACUCCAGAAGAGGAAGCAGUGGCCAAAGUGGUGAAGGGGCGGGCCAAGGCUUCAGAAGCCAAAGAUGAGAAGGAGGUACGGACCUCAUUCUGGAAGUCUGUGCUGGCGGGGCCCUUGCGCACACCCCUCUGUGGGGGCCACAGGGAGCCAUGUGUGAUGCGUACUGUGAAGAAGCCAGGGCCCAACCUGGGCCGCCGCUUCUACAUGUGUGCCAGGCCCCGGGGUCCUCCCACUGAUCCCUCCUCCCGGUGCAACUUCUUCCUCUGGAGCAGGCCCAGCUGAACCAAUGGAGGCCUGGAGACGUCUGGCAUAGUCACCCCUGCAUGUGAUCUGAGGCCAGCUCCCCUUCCCUGAGCUGCCUCCUGCUUCUCCCCGAAAGUCUCCUACCCUUCUCUUCCUCUUCUAAGCCCUCUUCCUCACUGACCUUCCUACCUAGCUCCUUGUUGGUGAGCUUUUUGCGUCUUAAUCCUGUGACCCAGCCUGCUACACCACUUUCCACCUUCCUGUCUGAAGUACACGGACACUGGCUGCCCCGGGAAGUUGUGUGAUUUUAAAUCACUUCUGUCUUUGCUGGAAAAUGUAUUUGUGCAUAAAUAAAGUCUGUGUAUUUGUUUCAGGGUUGCA